AUGCUGACUGUGCUGCGGUUGCACCUUCCGUCCGAUAUUCCUAUUGUUGGGUGUGAGCUGACACCGUAUGUGCUAUUGAGACGCCCGGACAAGCCAGUUAGUACUGAUGAUGUUACCGAGUCCAAUCCCGUGGACGGUCAUUUCUUGAGAUAUAAAUGGUACCGUAUACAAAGUGAUAAAAAAGUUGCAGUCUGUAGUUUCCACCCAUCCGAACAAGCUACAUUACAGUGCCUUGGUUGUUUGAAGGCCAAAAUACCUGUUGCUCAGAGUUACCAUUGUUCUCCUAAAUGUUUUUCAGAUGCAUGGCAACAUCAUCGUGUUUUACACGAGCGUGCUGCUAGUGCUGGAAAUGACAAUGGAAAUGAGGAGGAAGAAGUUUUUGGUCGUUUCAACAGUACAGGUAGUACAGGAUCCGGCAUUGUAAAUGUGAACUUAUCAGGGUCUCAAUCAAGCUUCAGCUUGACAAAUGGUGACACACCUCUGUAUCCGCCAACAGUUACUCAGAGGAAUGGUGGUGAAACAUGGUUUGAAGUUGGCCGUUCCAAGACAUACACACCAACAACUGAUGAUAUCGGACAUGUCCUUAAGUUUGAGUGUGUUGUGGUAGAUGCAGAUACAAAAUCACCUGUGGGACAUUCUAAUUCCAUAUUAACGUCCCGCGUAAUUCCUGCUCCAUCUCCCAGUCCCCGGCGUCUGAUUUCAGUUAGUGGAGUUGAUGUUCCUGGGCAUUUAGAUAUGGAUGGCCGCAUUUCAUCUGCAGGGACUUUUACUGUGCUCUCAUACAACAUUUUAUCCGAUGCAUACGCUACAAACGAAUUAUACAGCUAUUGCCCCUCUUGGGCUCUUUCUUGGCCUUACCGCAGGCAAAACCUGUUACGUGAAAUAGUUGGCUACCAUGCAGAUAUUGUUUGUCUUCAAGAGGUUCAAAGUGAUCAUUUUGAGGAAUUUUUCGCACCUGAGCUGGAUAAAUAUGGAUAUCAAGCUUUGUUUAAAAGGAAAACAGCAGAGGUUUUCAGUGGAAAUAUCAACACUAUUGAUGGUUGUGCUACUUUCUUCCGCCGAGAUAGAUUUUCACAUGUCAAGAAAUAUGAGGUUGAGUUUAACAAAGCUGCACAAUCUCUGACAGAUGCUGUGGUUCCAACUGCUCAGAAGAAAACUGCCCUAAAUCGAUUGGUCAAGGAUAAUGUUGCCCUAAUCUUAGUGCUAGAAGCGAAGUUCAGUAACCAGGGUGUUGAUAAUCCGGGAAAGAGGCAGCUUGUUUGUGUGGCAAACACGCACGUAAAUGUGCAUCAAGAUUUGAAAGAUGUCAAGCUUUGGCAGGUUCACACACUGUUGAAAGGAUUGGAAAAGAUUGCUGCAAGUGCAGACAUCCCAAUGUUGGUGUGUGGAGAUUUCAAUUCAGUUCCUGGAAGUGCUCCUCAUGCUCUCCUUGCCAUGGGGAAAGUUGAUCAAAUGCAUCCAGAUUUAGCAGUAGACCCACUUCAAAUUCUUCGGCCUGUUAGCAAACUGACACAUCAGCUGCCACUGGUAAGUGCGUACUCAUCCUUUGCAAGAGUUGGUGUUGGUCCUGGUCUAGAGCAGAGAAGGAAAAUGGAUCCUGCAACAAAUGAGCCCCUUUUUACGAACUGCACCAGAGAUUUUAUUAGUACUCACGAUUACAUAUUCUACUCAGCGGACUCCUUAACUGUGGAGUCACUGUUGGAGCUCCUGGAUGAGGAUAAAAUAGACGAUGACACUGGGUUUGGCCUGAAGACGAAUUUUAAAAACAGUUGGUCUAACUAUUCAAGGACAGAGAAAAGUGGUUGUAAGAAUGUUGAAUCAUUCUUUCCUGAUCAUUUCCUAGGUGUAUCCCUAGUGGUAUCGUUAGAUUUUAGCUCCUUUUGUAUCCAUGCCACCUAUCUCAAAGAAAAACUUAUUGUGAUAUCUAUUUAA